UUUGUAGUUCCUUUCCCAUCAUUCCUAUAUAUAGCCUAAAAGAAGUCACUCAUGUAUCGCAAACCAAAAGGCUUGAAAAUAGUUGAUCAUUUGCAUAAGGGCUUUGUCCUUACUUGCGUUGGAGCAUCCUUGUGGGCUGUUUACACUAUAACCAAGUUUGGAAUCCAAUACUACACAGAGGUGAAACCGAGACUCUUGAAGGAGCGAGAAAAGCUUCUUUCCCUAGAGCCAGAUCCAGCUGAUCAUUUGAGAGACACUGCUCCCAGCAUUUCCUCCUGAGUUCAUAUCAAAAUGCUUCCUGCUUCCCUGUGCUUCCUGUGUACUCGUGUGAUCUCAAGGGGUUUCCAUGUUUCAUGCCCCACCAAGAAGGGCAUCCCUGAUGUCGUGUGGAAGCUCGGGAGGCUGAAUCAUGUUGCCAUCGCAUGCCAGGACUUCGAGAAACCUGUGGCUUUGUAUAAAAAUGUAAUGGGAGCUAAAGUCAGUGAAACUGUUGCUCAGCCAGAACAUGGGGUUUACACUGUCUUUGUGAAUCUGGAGAAUACAAAAUUGGAGCUAUUGAAGCCAUACGGAGACAAGAGUCCCAUCAAGGGAUUCCUGGACAAGAACAAGGCAGGAGGGAUGCACCACAUCUGCUUGGAGGUGAACGACAUCAAGGCGGCCAUGAAGACGAUGAAGGAGCACGGAAUCCGCUGCUUGGCCGACGAACCCAAGACUGGUGCACAUGGGAAACCUGUGGUUUUCCUUCAUCCCAAAGACUGUGCUGGGGUCCUCAUCGAGCUCGAGGAGACGUAAAUUCCCUCCUAACCGAUGCAUACUCGAAGACGUGCAAUCCCUUUGACUCUUCUUGUCUAUAGGCUGAAGGAUCUGGUUCCUACUUUGCUGAUUUUUGACCCUGUGUUGUGAUAGCAGUAUAGUAGUUAUUGUCGAAUUGAAUUCAAGCUUUUCAGAAUAAAUGUGGCUGUGAUGAAAUA